AUGUCGGAUCAUCAGAGUCCUCAUGAGGAAUAUAUAUUGGAAAAGCUAGGCUCAAAUUUAGAAGCUUAUUCAAAUAAUCCAGUAUUAAAUAAAUUAACACCAAGUAGAAGUCAAUCAUCAUCUGGUAUAAAGAAGAAGAGAAGAAGAUCUUCAAGAUCUGAUACUGCAGAUUCACAUUUACACUCACAUUCACAACCACAAUCACAAUCAAAUUCAACAAGAGUAACUCCUAAUUGGAAUGUUUCAUAUCCAAGAAAUACUGAUUCAAAUAUUGUUACUUCACCUGUUAAAUUAAUUAAUUCAAAGUAUAAUAAUAAAUCUUCAAAUGAUAAUACAAAUUAUCAAUUACAAUCAAGUCAAAGAUCAAUAAGAAAUCAAAAUAUUCAUUCUUCAACUAUUAAACAACCUUUAAAAUCAUCUACAAAAAAACCUUUAAGGAAAGGUACUCCAUUAAUUAAAAAGAAAAAAGAUCAUGACGAUGAUCAAGAUGAUCUAGAUGAUAAUGAUUUAACAGGAAGUCCCAAAGAUAAAAAUCAUUCAAGAAAACUUCAAAAACCCUCCAAUAUACCAAAAUUAAAUUCAAGAUUAACAAAUCAUUCAAUUAAUUUAAAUAAUCCAAACAUUUCAAACAUGUCAACUAUAUCAAAUAGUCGAAUACAUUAUAGUUUAUCAACAAAAGAUGAUCAUGAUUAUAAUGAACUUGAUGACGAUUUUGAUGAUUCACAUUUGAAAAGUGAUAAUACUUUACAAAGCGCUAUACCAAGUGAUAUAGAAAGUCCUGAAAAACAUUUUUAUCCAAAUGAAAAUCUGAAAAAAUCUUCAUCAACUAUAUCAUCAGUUAAAAUAUUAAAAUCAAAUAAUUCACAAAGUUUUAAUAAUAGUUUAUUAACAUCACCUUCUAAAAACUUAUCGAGGACUAAUCAUGGAAUUUCAACUAAAUUUCCCAAGAAUAUUUCUUCAUCUUUGAUUAAAAAUACUUCAAAUGAAGUUGAUGAAUAUGAUGAAGAAGAACAUGAUCAUGAACAAUUAGAAUCUAAUCCAUUACAUUUCAACACAACAUUAACUAAAUUUAUAAAUCCAAAACCUAAUGAUUCAUUACUUUCAACUAUUGAAAAGGAAAGAAUUGCAUAUGAAGAAAGAAGAAAAUCAAGACAAACUAGUAAAUCUCCACAAAAUAAAUUAAUUUCUGUUAAUAAUAACAUUAUUGAUAAUAUUAUUGCCAACAGCAACAACAAUAACAAUGAUAAUAAUAAUAAUAAUAAUAAUAAUAAUAAUAAUAAUAAUAAUAAUAACAAUAAUAAUAAUGACAUCACCACAACUACUACUAAUAAAGAACUUUAUAAUCAAUUUGAUCUUUCAAGAUUUGAUUCAAGUGAUGAAGAUAUAUCACCACCUCAAUUAACAGUUUCAUUAUCAAAUGAACCUUUAAAUAAUCAUUUGAAAACUCUCAAUAUAGAGAAAGAAACCAUUGGGAACAUUGGGAAAUCAAAUUCACUAUAUCCAAAUUUAUCAAAAUCACCAAUAAUUCAAAAUAGAAAACAUGUUUCACCUAAACCUUUAGAACUUAAGACUUCUUUAUAUCCAAUAUUACCAUCAAUUAAUAGGAAUGGUUUGAAUAAUACAGGUAAGAAAGGAAAAAAUGAUGAUAAUGACAAUAUAGAUGAUAAUAAUAAUAAUUUAAUACGAAAUGAUAAAACUCAAAAAAUAAAUGAAAGUUUUUCAAAUGUUAUUAAUGAAGUUUCAAAUAAUAUUAAUAAAAAUAAAGAUGUUGUUGAUAACACAAGAAAUUUCCAAUCAAGUACACCAAAAAGAUAUAACCUUAGAUCUAAUUCCAAAACUCCAAUUCAAAUUUCCAAAACAUCAAAAAAUCCACAAAAUUCUUCAAAUCCAAAAGAUCCAAAAGAUCCAAAAGAUUCAGAAGACUGGAACUAUAAUCAAUGGAAGGCAUUCAUCCAAGCAUUUGUCAAAUAUGAAUCUACAAAAGAUUUAUCAAUUUUUUAUAAAGAACGAUUAUUAAAUUAUCUUAAUUGUGAUAAAGAAGGAAUAAAAGAUCGAAUCAAGUUUUUUAUAAAACAUGGUGAUGAAUAUAGGAUUUAA